AUGAAGACAGCCAUUCAAUUCUUAAAAGAUGAUCCUCUCUUUUUACUCAACCAUCUGUCUCUUAUCCAUACUCGGUCUACUUCUCUUGAUGUUCAACAGAGUACGGAGCCGGUGACACCAUCCUGUCAUCGCAAGACACAAAGUGCUGAUCUCUACAGCACGGUUGAACCCUCAGACACACAUCGACGCAACUCUGCUAUUCUGAGACCCCAUAUUGUGUUGCCUAAUCCACGCCACCAUGAUCACCGAAAAAGCCUAGAAAUUCCUCAUGAUUGGUUACUGCCUACACAUACCAUGGAAGAAAAGCAACAACAGAUACCUUCUCGCCACUUGGCUGCCUCUAAGCCUAUGAUACAGACCACAUUUCCCAAGAUUUCAAAUUCAACCCCUUUAUCUGCCGAACCUUCUGUGCCUAAACUGGGUCGAUCGCUCAGUGCAUCGACCGUGGUCAAGAAGAAAGCAUCUCAGCCGCCUACGAUCAUUAAUUUACGCGAUCGGGUUUCAUUUGAUGGCAUACAGCGCCCUGCUUCUAUUUCUUUAGAUACAAGAUCAUUACAUAGUAUAGAAGACAGUGCAGAAGAUCAAGAGGAGUUAAUGGGUGAUUUCUUGAUGGGAUUAAGCAAAUUGGAUGGCGAUGUGGUUGGAGCCAGAUCGGGUUCUUUCAAGACCUUUAGAAGACUUUAA